UCUGGUGGCAGAUCGUGCGAGCUGCCGGAUUCGGAAUUUCUGGGGAGUUUCUGGUCUUCAUUAGCACCAGAUUAGCAUCGCAGCAGACGUCACCCGCGAUCAGAGAAACUCCAAUCUGCCAUAGAUGUGUCACCUCCGUAGAACAUUCGACGCUAAUUAAAAGUCCAUCCAACGCUCCGCUGGCCACGGAGAAUAGACAAUGAGCCGCUGCCGCUCUGGCCGCUGAACCGUAAACCCAUACCCAUCCGAACUGGGGCACAUACCAGAUACUUGGAUACCCAGAUACCCAGAUACCUUAUACCAGACCAUCAGGCCCGCGCCCUGGGAGGCAGUUGCUCAAGCGCCGGGCCGCGCUGUCGAAAUGCAUUUCGUUUGUGCAACGAAAGUGCAAUCAUCUCCCCGCUGACACACACGCACCUUGCGAAAUGCACCCACUAAGAGCUACCUGGUGGCUCCACCUCUGCCCUCUGCUUACCCACGGCUCCAUGUCUCUUCGACAGAGCGAACAGCCAUGGCUUCAAACUUUCUUCUUGGUAAAAAAGUUGGCUAGUAAUCAAGUUCCGAAGGUCUUAAAACCCAAGUUCCAAAAACGAACUUACCUUUUACGUGGUUCUGUCCUUUUAUAAGAGAUGUCCCACCUGUACUCCACCUUCGCCCAGCUGGUUAGCGUGCACUGCAAGUCGACCGCCGCCGUCGGGGGUCUCCCGGUGAACCAGUGCAAGCACAAUCUGCUCGGCCACGGAUCCGCCAGGCUGCAGACGCUCUCCGACGCCCAACUGGAGGCACUCGACCCGUAUCAGCGCGAAGCCAACGAGCUGAUCUGGUCGUCGUUGGCUCCCAGCGGAGCCAGCCUGGUGACCACACGGCAGCCGCUCCAGCAGCCCUUGCCCACACCGCCCGCCUCCUCGCUGAUCAUCCUGACGCGCCAGCAGCUGCCCCACGCGUUAGCCAACUCGAAUGCCGGCUCCAACCCCAUCUUUGAGAGCGGCGAGCAGAAGCACAAGUACGCCAUGGACAUGGACAUGGCCUACGGCUAUCCAUCCGGACAGCAGUCCAGCAGUGAGCUUCCCGUGGCCGCCGCUCUGACGGCGGAGCCGCCCAAGAGCUUCCUCACCGGACCCCUGGUGAUCCGGGUGCGUCCCGAUGGCUCUCCCGUGGAGGAGGACAAGCGGAUGCCGCUGCCCCGCGACGAGGACCUGCCCUUCUUCCGCCUGGGCCUGGCCGCCGCCCAGCCCAACAGGCAUCGCAAGAUCGCCACCAUCAGCGCCCUGAAGCAGCAGCACUUCGCCUCCGUCCUGCAGCGCGACCUCCAGCCACCGCUUCAGGUGCAGAGGCGUCUGUUCCGCCAGCAGCAGGCGUAAGAUCGUGGCCAGAGGAUCCCCACACCUAGCCCUAAGUCCCUGUGUGAGCGAGAGAGGAGUGAAUGUGACGGAGGAGCAGGUGGGCGACCAGCCUGCAUCUCCGAGUGAGCGAGUGAGCCUUCUAGUUGUAGCCGUUUGAGGAGUUUUCUUGAAUGCACUUUGAGCUUUAAUGGAAUUUCGUAUCGUAUUCGUUUAAGUUUUCUUUAAUUGUAUUUAUUCGCGUGCAUUAGCCGUAAGAUCAAAUAGAGAUUCUUGAGUAAUAAACCGCAUGAUGAUUAUCGUUGUUACGAACAUAUUAA